CAAUAAUUGAACGAGUCGGACGUCGCGUCGGUCGCUCGCUCGUUUGUCGCAUAAUUUGUUCGUACAGUGGUGUGGAAAACACAAAAACAACGUCGAAAAAAUACAAGUUUUUUAUCGCACACUGUUAAACAAUAAUAUCCGCUAUGAUAAAUAUAGCAUAUUGUUGAUAUUCACGCAAUAUAUUAGUUGAAAUUAUAAAUACGAUUUGUGCGCGUCGCGUCUCUCAAAUUCUGAUUCUGCUUCUGAUGCGAGUAUGUAUGUGUGUAUAUACAUAAAUACAUAUGCAUGUAUUUAGGUGUGCCUUUUGCCGUCGUCUAUCGUCUGCCUAGCAAAAAGCAAGAAAAAAGUGCGCGCGUCCACUUAAACAAAUAUGCAAAGCGAAUGAUAAUAAAAAGCAUUGAUUAAUAAAUAAGCAAGAUAUUUCAAAUAUUGAAUCAAGUGUGCUGCUGUCUGUCGUCAAAUUUGCCGUUUUUUUCAAGAAACAGGCGUACACACACGCAAAAACAACAACAACGUCAUCGACAACAACAAGUGAAAGUGUAAAAGUAACAACAUAAAUAGUUGUAUUAAUAGCAGCACCAACAACAUCAGCAACGCAUUGCACAAACUGUGGAUUACGACGCCGCUAAACCAGGAAUUACUCUACUCGUUAUAUACUCAAUCUUGCAACUGUUGCAAAUACAUAAACAGCAAAAAAGUGAACCUGAGCCGAAAUGGGCCUCCGUCUACUACGAUUCAGCGUCGAGUGAAUGUGACUCAAAUGUAGAGCAAGAGCAUUCAAUUCACUAUUCAAAAUGAGUCAACUGCAAGAGCGAAAACAACAGCAGCAGCUGGAAGGAAUCACUGCACUUGUAACAAAGGUCUAAAGCAAAAAAACAGAAGGAAAGAAAGAACGAAGAAAAGACUCUUGCCAUCCAGAAGACUAUCUCUAUCUCACUCACUCACUCACACUCAACACGCACUCAAUCUACAGUCUAUACUAGAAAUCUUCGAACGCAAUCAAAAUGAACUCCGUCAUCUCAGCAUUCAAAACCAAAAAGAACUCGAGCAAUUCGAGCAGCAACUCAACGGGCGCCAUGACAACGGCCACCGCCACAGCAGUUGCCACCAGCGAGGAGCUGAAGCAGAAGCAGAAUGGUGGCAGCAUCGUUGGCCUGAGCAUAGCCAGCGUUGGUGGCGUCACACGGAAGAAACCCGUUGCCCAGGACAAUGGCUAUCAGUAUCUGCGGCAGAUCCGUGAAAUCGAAACAGCCAACAAACUGCUCUCGCCUGUGGCUCUGGCUGUGACCGCCGAUGAUCUGCACACUGGCAGUGAACUUCUCAACUUCCGUCCCGCCGCCGUGGAUGCUCUCGAUGGCGGUGCCGAUGUCGUGGAUCAUUGUGCGCCUGCCAUGGUGCGUUUGUCCUGCUCAGAUGCUCAUUCUGAUUACAACAUGAAUGGCAAAACGAUCAGCAGCAGCAGUUUGAGCUCGAUUAAUGGCAAACUGAUUGAGAAUGGCAAUGGAAAUUUGGAUAGUUGUGGCUUGACCUGCGAUGAUGAUGACAACUCGGAGCAUUCGACGGCUGCUUGCAACAGCACGAGCAGCUCCAGCGAACACAGCAACAGCACCGUGGUGCACAGUCCCACAGUGGUUGCUGCCCCCGCCACAACAGCACAGCCCAGUUCCAGCUCCAGUUGCAGUCCCAGUCCAAGUUCUGGUGCCGAGCAACCGCUCACUGUUGUUUGCCCGGAGAAUGGCGGAGCUCAGACGCCGCUUGCCUCGCCCGUGUUGAGCCAAGGACAUCAUGAGGAUUAUGUGCCAGCGUUUCUCAAAGCGCCGCCCGUCACGUUGCCCCUCAGCAGCAGCAGCAACAACAGCAGCAGCUUGAGCAGCUGCUGUAGCAGCAUCAGCAACAACACAACUUCCAACACGCCCGCCAUCAGCUCUGCGGCCAGCACUCCGAAGCACACGCGUUACUCCAAGCCCCGCCUAAGUCUGAGUCGUGGUUUCAAUCACUCCAUGCCCUCGGUGCACGGUCGUCCCAAUCUCAGUGUGGCGCCACCAAAUGGUGCAGCACAGACGAACGGACAGGCGAACGGACAGCCGCCCAAGCGCAUCUCCACGCAUCAAAGGAACUUGAGUUUGGAUUUCAGAUCUAUGGGCAUUUUGCUGCCGCCAGUGUCGCAGGUGACAAACACACGCAUCAAUCACACGCAACAUCAUCGCAAUCGCAGUCUCGACAGCGCCCUGCAACGCAUACCCGAGGUGGAAAUCUCGUCGCCCAAUGCAGAGAACGAGCCAACAUUUUGCUCACCAUCAUCGAUACUCAGCACGAAUAUGUGCUCGAAGAUUGUAACUACAGCGGCCAGUGUAACCGCUGCUCUCUCCACCUCCCCGCCAAUGCCAGCCAUCAGCAGUCAAGCUGUGACCACGAAUCCAACAACAGUCGCUGCCUGCAACAAACCUGCAACUGAGACGCCUCCAGUGCACACAGCAAGUGCAGCCAUAGUUGAUGCCUGCCCCACGUUACGUAUGCGUCCCAAGUCCAGUGAAUCGAUGUCCUCGCGCUCCCAGGACAUUGUGGGCGUCAUCGGUGGCAACACAGGAGGCUGCAACAGCAGCAGCAAUAGUUGCAGCAGUGCGGGAAGCAGCAAGAAACGCGAGGAUUUGACUAGUCUGGGAUCCGAUGACUCCGGCAUCAUCUGUGGCUCGGAAUCGGACCAAAUCUCAUUGAAUCGCAUAUGCCACUCACAUGAAUCGCUCGAUUCGGGUGAAAUGGAUGCCGAUGGUGAUGCGGACGCCGAUGGCGAAGAGGAAUGCAUUGAUAUGAUGGACACCACAUCGAUGGAUGAAGACUACAAUCUAAUGCAAUCCGAUUUGUGUUUCUAUCCGCCGCCACCGCAUGCUGCCAACGAUUUCGAUUGUCGCACUUUGCGUCCAUCACGCAAACAGAAGCAACAGAAGCGCGAGCAGGCCAAACUACAACUGGAACAGCAGCAGCAGGAACAGCAGGAGGCAGAGCAACGAGAUGUGGAUGCACGCAUGCGUUAUCGAGUGAUGAACAUGUCACAGGCGGCCAUUAACCUAGAGCUCGGCACCGCGCCAAAUGAGAUUGAACCUGUGCUGGAUGAAGAUGAACACGAGGAACAGCAGGAGGAGCAGAAGGAAGCAUUGCCCGCUGCAGCACAGAUGACGACAACAACGACGACGACCACACCCACAACAACACCAGUGGCAACGCCCACGCCCAUUGCAACGCCCACAGAGAGCACCAAAAACGAUCAGGUGCUGUUCAAGAACUUCUUUGGCGCCACCAAGAAUGCGAUCUUCCGCACGGCGCAAAGCAUCAUCGAGAACCACGAGAAAAAGAAUGCGGCCAAACAGAAAACAGGCGGCGAUGAUACGCCUACAACGACAGUCACGGGGAGUGCCACGCCCACAGCGACAACGCCACAGGAUCAGGUCAAGUCACCCACAGACAUCUCCAAGAAGAAAGAGUUCUUCAGUCUGCUCACCUCGAACUCCAGUAAAAAGGCAGCAGCUGCUGCCGCCGCUGCAUCUGCUUCAGCAGCAGCCACGCCCACAGCUGCCACAGAGCCAACAACAGAGGGAAGCAAAGGCGUUGCCGAGGAAGUGAAAAUCAAGGAACGCACGCUGAAUCUGCGUUUGCCAGGCGCAGAGAUCGAGGAUGCAACGCUGCUGAAGAGCUCGUCGAUCAGUUCGCUGCACAAACAUCUCCAGCCGGUGCCCGGCGUGGUCAAGUACUUCAUCAGCGAGAGGGCGCCAACAGCGAAUGCUCAACAGAGUGCGGAACGUGGACCCAGUGGAUUGUUGCGUUUCUUCGAGUCACCCGUCUUCAAUAUACACUUCGCCGUGCACUAUUUGUUCUACUCCAAGGAACCGGGUGUCUUGAGCUUCAUUGGCAACAAGAUCUUCAGCUUCCCCGAUCAUGUGGUCGAUCUGUAUAUUCCCCAGUUGAUAGUGAUGUACAUACAGAUGGAUGAGUUAGCGGAAGUGUUGGAUCCCUAUUUGACCAUACGUUGUCGCAAGUCUGUGGACUUUUCGCUCAAGUGUCUGUGGCUGUUGGAGGCGUACAACUAUCAACUGGACACGCUCGGCACGAGCAGUCGCAAGUCCAAGCUAGCAUUGAUGAAGGAGAUCUUCUCGAAGCGCGAGCAAAAGCAGCAAACCAAAUCGGAGUCGGCACGGGGUCCAGCUGUGGCCCUGGUGAAGAAGACGCAUCAUCGCUCGCAAUCGGAUGCCACAGUGCUGCUAACGGAUUCACGCAGUCCACACACGUUGAGCAUCAGCCAUCGGAUGUAUCAGCAGCCGCCGUAUACGACGCAAACGUUGCCAAGCACACCGGCCAAGCUGUGUCUCGGCGAUCUGAAUUCGGGGCGUGCUUUCGACAACGGUUGCACCUGCUUUGAGACGGUGCGUGGACAGGUCAAUGGACUGCUCGGACAACGUACUUUGUGCAGUUGUGGAGCACCACGAACAGCCCCACAAAAGGAGUUCAUGAAGGCGCUGAUGAAUGUGGGCAAGAAUCUAACCGCGUUGCCCUCAAAGGCGGAAAAGACCUCAGCGCUUCGCAUGUCGCUCAAUCUGAUCAAUAAGAAUUUGCCAGCGCGUGUUUGGUUGCCGCUCUACUCGGACAUUCCGCAUCAUGUGGUGCGCAUCACAGAGGAGAAGACUGCAGUGCUCAACUCCAAGGAUAAGACGCCGUACAUCAUCUACGUGGAGGUCGUCGAAGUCCCCGAUAUCUACACCUCACCGCUGAUACCCAAAAUGAUGCCAACACUGCGACAUACAAAGAGUGAGGAGCAUUUGGAUGGCGGCUGUCUGCAGGCGCAUCACCAAAGCUGUAGUCGCACCUCCAGCUGCAGCAGCAGUCAUCAUGGCUCCAGCUGUAGGCGUAAGAAGGCGGCAGAGAAUGGGGCCGAAAAUGGUUGUGGAGAGCCGGCAAGCCACAAUGGAAAUUGUGGCGGAAAUCUGUUGUCGCUGGGAGGAUUGCAGCUGCAGGAAGAUGACGUGUGGUCACAGGAGGAUGAUGAGAUCACCGCUCAAUAUUUGCAUAUGCGUAAGAACAGCGAACGCGAUGCCAUUUCCCAAAUGUCGCUGGACUCGUGUGACUCCAGAGAUCAAGGUCCACCAGUUGUCUUCAACAUUGGCGAUGUGCGUACGCGGCAUUGCAACAAUUUGAACUGCGAAAACACUAAGUCGUUCAGCAAUGAUCCCGAGGAUCCCUCGGCAGCCGCGCUAAAGGAACCCUGGGAUGAGAAGGAGAAACUGAUACGUGAGUCAUCGCCAUACGGACAUCUGUCCAGCUGGAGACUGCUCUCAGCCAUUGUCAAGUGUGGCGACGAUUUGCGUCAGGAACUGAUGGCCACACAACUGCUACAGAUGUUCAAGAUUAUUUGGCUGGAGGAGCAGGUGGAUCUGUGGGUGCGUCCAUAUAAAAUCAUUUGCCUAUCGAAUGACAGCGGCUUGAUUGAGCCCAUUUUGAACACCGUUUCGCUGCAUCAAAUCAAAAAGAACUCGAACAAAUCGUUGCGAGAUUAUUUUAUUGAUGAAUACGGCACGUCAACGGGCGAAAGUUUUCGUCGUGCUCAAAAGAACUUUGUGCAGAGCUGUGCGGCAUAUUGCCUGAUAUCCUAUCUGCUGCAGGUUAAGGACAGGCAUAAUGGCAAUAUACUCUUCCAUUCGGAUGGCCACAUUAUACACAUAGACUUUGGCUUCAUUCUGAGCAUAUCUCCAAAGAAUUUGGGUUUUGAGCAAUCACCUUUUAAGCUCACACACGAGUUUGUCGAUGUUAUGGGCGGCACCAGCUCUGAACAUUGGCGCGAAUUCAAUCGCCUGCUGCUCGUCGGCAUGAUGUCAGCGCGCAAGCAUAUGGAUCGCAUUAUCAACUUUGUAGAAAUCAUGCGCAGCAAUGCCCAGUUGCCAUGCUUUAAGAAUGGCUGUUCCGGCACCGUACAGAAUCUCCGUAAACGCUUUCACAUGAAUUUAACUGAGCAGGAAAUGGAACGCAAAGUUGAGCAGCUUGUCCAGGACUCGCUGAAGAGCCUGUCCACCAAACUGUACGAUGGUUAUCAAUAUUAUACGAAUGGCAUAUUGUGAGAACGAUUUUUCAUGAAAAUCUAAAUCGGAAACCAUCGAUCGUUCAUCAUUGUCGUCGUCAUAAGCAUAUUAUAAUAAUGUUCAUCAUCAUCGAGCGUGCAACACAAAAUGCCGAUCUGAUAAGAAACCAAAACUAUGGACUGACUUUUUGUUUAAAAGAAAAUUUAUUAUAUAUACAUGCAUACACAGAUAGAUAUCUAUAGUUAUACCUAUAUAUAUCUACAAUAUAUAUAUAUACAAUUAUAUAUAUAUAUAUAUACAUGAACUAUAUUGUGAAAUGUAGUACUUUAACAGAAAUGCAGAGAAAAAGCGAAAUCGCAAAACGAAAGUAAUGCAAGAGAAAGUAGUAUGUGGAACGAAAGAGUGUGUGUACCAAACAACAACUGUUAUUGUAGCCAAAAUCGUUGAUUGUGCGUGUUGGCAUUGUUAUUAUUAUAUAUAUAUAUAUUAUAUUAUAUUUAGGCUAAA